AUGAACGACUACUUCCUCAACCAGUCAACAGCCACCGACGAUAACGCGUCGGCGGCGAUGGAAGCUUUCAUCGGAACAAAUCACUCAACUCUCUGGCCCCAACCAUCUCUUCCUCCUCCUCCUCCACUAUCUCAAUUCAACGAAGACACUCUUCAACAACGUCUCCAAGCUUUGAUCGAAUCAGCAGGAGAAGGCUGGACCUACGCGAUUUUCUGGCAGAUCUCACACGAUUUCGAUUCUUCCACCGGAGACAACACAGUGAUUCUCGGAUGGGGAGAUGGGUACUACAAAGGGGAGGAAGAUAAAGAGAAGAAGAAGAAUAGCUCAAGUUCGAAUUCGGCGGAGCAAGAGCAUCGGAAAAGAGUAAUCCGUGAGCUGAAUUCGUUGAUCUCCGGCGGAACCGGAGUUUCCGAUGAAUCGAACGACGAAGAAGUCACCGAUACUGAGUGGUUCUUCUUGGUCUCGAUGACACAGAGCUUCAUGAACGGCGUUGGGCUUCCCGGGGAGUCGUACUUGAACUCUCGCGUGAUUUGGUUAUCCGGGCCGGGUGCUUUAAUCGGGUCGGGUUGCGAACGAGCGGGUCAAGGUCAGAUAUACGGGUUACAGACGAUGGUGUGUAUCGCGGCGGAGAACGGCGUCGUUGAGCUUGGUUCAUCGGAGGUGUUAAGCCAUAGCUCAGAUCUGAUGGAUAAAGUCAACAGUCUGUUCAAUUCCAACAACGGUAAUGGAGAAGCUUCUUCUUGGGGGUUUAAUCUGAAUCCGGAUCAAGGAGAGAACGAUCCGGCUUUGUGGAUAAGCGAACCGACCACCACCGGAAUCGAAUCGGGUCAGGUAAUCCCGGCGAUAAACAACAGUAAUUCCAAUUCAAAUUCAAAAUCCGAUUCUCAUCAAAUCUCCAAGCUCGAGAAGAACGAGAGCUCGAUUGAAAACCCUAGACAACAACAAAAUCCGUCGCUUGUAGAGCGAGAUUUGAAUUUCUCGAGUUCUGGGUUGAAUCAAAACGGGAACUUUCAAGAUGGGUCGUCGCGGAUGAUGAAAUCGAACGAAACACUGAGCUUUACGGCGGAGGAGAGCAACAAGAGGAGGUCUCCGGUUUCGAAAGGGAGUAACAACGACGAAGGGAUGCUUUCUUUCAGCACCGUGGUUCGUUCCGCGGCGAAAUCCGUCGAUUCGGAUCAUUCCGAUCUCGAAGCGUCGGUGGUUAAGGAAGCAAUUGUCGUUGAACCGGAGAAGAAACCGAGGAAACGGGGAAGAAAACCGGCGAACGGAAGAGAGGAGCCGUUGAAUCACGUGGAAGCAGAGAGACAGAGAAGGGAGAAGCUAAACCAGAGAUUCUACUCUUUGAGAGCUGUGGUUCCCAACGUUUCGAAAAUGGACAAAGCGUCUCUUCUCGGAGACGCCAUUUCGUAUAUCAACGAGCUUAAAUCGAAGCUGCAGCAAGCGGAAUCCGAUAAGGAAGAGAUUCAGAAGCAGCUCGACGGGAUGAGCAAGGAAGGAAACAGGGAAGGCGGCGGCGGAACGAAGGCGAAAGAACGAAAAUGCUCGAAUCAAGAUUCGGCUAGCUCGAUAGAAAUGGAGAUCGACGUGAAGAUCAUAGGUUGGGAUGUGAUGAUACGUGUACAAUGCAGCAAGAAGAAUCAUCCCGGGGCAAGAUUCAUGGAAGCGCUCAAGGAAUUGGAUCUGGAAGUGAAUCACGCAAGUUUGUCAGUGGUGAAUGAUUUGAUGAUUCAACAAGCCACUGUGAAGAUGGGAAGCCAGUUUUUCAAUCAUGACCAGCUCAAGGUUGCUUUGAUGUCGAAAGUCGGAGAAGACAAUUGA